AUGCAUUCCCGCAUGCUGAUGGUUUGUUGGAGGCGUAAACUUUUCUUUUUCGGCGCAUCCUUGCUGUUCCUGCUUGCACUGUGGUUUUGGGGCUUCCUCUAUACCACCCACAUUACCGAGGACGGUGGCAAGAUAGUGUCGGUACGGGAGCUUAUGCUUGGCAGUGCGCACGGUCGACACGAGAGUCUGCUGCAGCGGUUAGGUUUCCACGAUCGUCACGAUGCUGGUCAGGAUGUUGGCAGUGCUGAUGUGCAUGGCGAACAAGGUUCGAUACAGCUGGAAGGUGAUGCAGGCGGUGUCAAGUUUGUCAAACCGACGCUGGGUGGAUUACGUUCAGCCAAGGGACGGCACACCAAAGAUUGGGAUGUAAUCAUGCAGGAUCGAACAGAUGAUGGGAAACUGGUGAACCAGCAGGUGAGUGCCAAAGGGCAACGUCACAUCACCGACGAAAUGCGUAUAGCGGCGGAGCGACAAAGCCACUACGAGCACGAGCUAAAGCGCAUGGGCGUUCCGGUAAUUGCCGGCAUUGGUCCAGGCGGUAGACCUCCUCCGGCCCAACGAUUGGUACACUUCGAUCUAAAAGGAGCGCCACCGAAAGUAUCCUACCUUCGGCGGCUAAUGCCGAUCCUCAAAACCCUAGGAGCCACGGGUAUUCUGCUUGAGUACGAAGACAUGUUUCCGUACGGUGGCUCAUUGGCUCCGUUGGCCGCUCGGAACGCAUACAACCGCGACGAAAUUCUGGAACUCCUGAAGACAGCUUUCGCACUCGGACUCACCGUCAUCCCUUUGGUGCAAACGUUUGGCCAUCUGGAAUACGCACUGAAGCUAAAAGAAUUUGCCCACUUGCGUGAGGUGGAAGACUCGCCACAGGCUCUUUGCCCUAGCUACAACGCUUCGAUGGCAUUCGUCGAGGAACUGUUAGCGCAAGUGAUCGAGUACCACGUGCCGGCCACAAACAUUAAUCUUCUACAUAAAGAAGACAUUGUGCGACUGACACCAAAGUUGACGCACAUCCACAUCGGUUGCGAUGAGGUAUAUCGGCUAGCUGAAUGUCCUCGCUGUCGACAUCGGCUUAAGGAUCAACUGUUUCUUGACCAUGUGUACAACGUGGCAACGAUCGUACGGCGACGCUGGCCGCAUCUGCGCAUCAUCAUAUGGGAUGAUAUGCUGCGCCAUAUGGCUCUCGAUGCGCUACAAGCAUCCGGCAUUGGGAAAUUGGUCGAGCCAAUGAUCUGGGUGUACGCGGAAGAUAUCUACAAGUUCGUCCAGUCGGCCACCUGGGAGAAGUACGCGUCCGUGUUCAGUACGGCAUGGGCGGCGUCCGCGUUUAAAGGGGCCCACGGUGAGGGUUUGCUGAUGCCUCCGAUUCGUCGCCAUCUAGAGAACACACUCCGAUGGCUCGCGGUGAUGCAGGGCGAAGGCAACCGAUUCACCCACGGAUUGCAAGGCCUGGCCUUGACGGGUUGGCAGCGAUACGAUCACUUUGCGAUACUUUGCGAACUGCUGCCUGCCUCGCUGCCCAGUCUUGCAGUGUGUCUUUCAACCGCUGCGAAAGGAUAUUUCGACGUGAGUGCAAGGACCAACCCCGUACUCAGUAGUCUAACCUGCCCGGAACCAACCGGUGAGCAUCAUGCCUGGCUGGAGCUACACAAAGACUCGCUGAUGGUGAUGUUUUCGCGCUGCAUGUUUCCGGGCAGUAUGGUGUAUCGCUUCAUGCUUCGUCUGGCGACACUGACGGGUGAAACAGAAGAGUACACGGAUGCAAUCCGGCAAAAACGCGGCUGGUUAACCGAUUACAACAUCCGGCAUAACUUUAGCAGUGCUGCGCGUGUUGACGAUUUGCUGGGGGAAAACUAUCGGCUGCUGAAUGCUGUCUCUAACCUUGCCCGUACGGCUGCCUCCACACUAACGGAGGCGUAUGAUCAUUGGACCUAUGGAGAAUUCAUUGAGCAGCGCAUUUUUCCGAUGCUGGAAGAACUGAAACGCUUGGAACGCGCUGGAGAGGGACUUAAAAAGCGCCGAUUCUGGUCACAACGUCCGCUGCCCUACCUUAAACCGUUCGAAGUGCUAGGGAUUGACGAGAAAACCUAG